AAAAAAACAAUAACGUCAAAAAGUUACAAAAUACCAAUUAAUUCACACAUAUAUGACCUUUUAACGGUGUUAAUGGACUGGAUCUCAGAUCAGCACCUGAGCAAACUGGUAGCAGAGGAAGAGAAAGCUUCUGAAUGUCUUCUGACAGGCGUGCUUGCUUCCAGCAGAACUACUACACACAGGAGAAGUGUGCCUACAAGGCUCCUAUUCCAACAGCUGUUGGCUGACAUGUUGUUCCUUGUUCACACCUCGGCAUGGAGAAAACACCUGGAGUCAGUAGCACCCACACUCUGGAACUGGCGGUGCUUUUUCUUCCCUAGUUGUGCUUUGGAAACAUCACCAAAGUUUUUGCCUCUAGUUGCUGAACAGUUUCAGUGGAUGCCCUUUGUGAAUCCUGACUUGCACAUGCAUGUGGUUAAAUUCAUUUACUGGGCUAUCAGGCAGUUAGAUGGAGGCACACAGUAUGCAACAAUGACAUCAACAAUGAGAAGACUGGGUGAAGACCUGUUUAAAGGUGUUGUGCCGAAGGGAUGUCAAUAUAUUUCUCCUGAACAUACUACCGAUCCCAAGCCAAAGUCCGCAGCAUUCUUUAAAAGCUCCAAUUUGCCUUUAAGACUUGUAUCAACCUUAAUUAUAAUCAAAACAGUGACGCAAGCUGAUUACCUGGCUCAAGCCUUUGAUUCCCUUUGCGUGGAUCUGAAGACGGAUGAAGGGAAGGCCUUGUUUUUGGACUACCAAGCUGUACCUAUUAUCUUGAGUCAUAUAAGAAUAUCGAGUAAAGGUGUUCUUUCCAACGCCGUUGACAGUUUGCUUCAGAUGACAACGCAAUCCAGUAAGUGUGCUAAGUGAUGAUCAACAUUUUCAUACUGCUUUGCUCAGCUUUUCUAAAUUGCAGGUUUCCUUUGAAUUGGCCGUUUGCUUGGUAGUCUUAUUUCAAGUAAGAAUCUUUUCCAAGUAAAACAGGCUUUACACCCCCCCCAAAAAAGUGUCUUAUUUUAAUGCUUUCAUUAAUGUUUGGUGCAGGCAAGCUAGUAAAGGGGGGGGGGGUAUUUUCUGUAGAUUUAAUGCUUAGCUUUCUACUUUUCACAUGAGAGAGAAAUCAAAGCGAGGGAGAAACCAGUAAGGAGACUUCUCUUUAAAAUGCAACAAUCCCCUGACUUUUACUUAGCCUGUUUGGUAAAACAUGACAUGAGUAGGGCAAAUCUUCCUUUCCCAGAAGAC